GUAUUACAAUAAUUAUUGUUAGAGUAACAUCGUACGUCGUUUAAUUAACAGUUUGUUUCAGUGGAUUUGGCACUUAAGUCCCUCGCGUAUCUUCGAAAACAUGAAUUUGACCAGACCUGCAAUGCAAUUUAUUACUUUGGCUAUGUACGUACUCGUCGUUUCCCAAAACGUACUAGGCGAUGAAGUCACGCGAGCAAAUGAUACCACUGAACAGUCGUUCACAGACAAACUGACCGGGUUAGUGGCCAGUGUCAAGCAGCAAGCGUCAGAGACAUUGGACAAUCUUCAGGCAGGCACGGUUUUAAACAAAUUGCCAGCCCAAGUAACCGACGGCUUGCGAAAUACAGAGAAUAAGCUAAUAGGAGAUGACGCUCUAAAUCGUUUGGAAUCCUCAAAGCGGGAGACCGUGGCCAAGGCCAAAAAGAUGAUGGACGAAGCUUUAUUGAAACUGAAAUCUACGGUUGAACAACUGAAAAUCAAACAUUCCGACGGCGAUGAUGUAACAAACACGUUGGACACGCUUCUAGAGAAGAUUGAAAUCGACGGAAAAGCGGCUUUCGAUUAUACAUCUAAUGUGCUCAACGAGACGGCACAAAAGGCUAAGGCUGCAGUAGAAAAAGCACAGAAGUCGAGCGUCUAAAUUUGAACUACAGUACAUCAAAACAAUGCACAAUAAUUAGACGUUGCAAAUAUGAAAUAACAUUUUGUUAUUACACUUGUCUGUAUUUUAUUAAUAACUGUUAAUUAGUUGUACAAUUAUAAAAUAUACAUGUUUAACUUUUAAGUUGUUUUGAUAAUACUAUUUUUUUUUAUUAAUAAAUUUUAGUUUAUAAGAUUGAAACUAAGAGUAUAUAAAUUUGUGUUUUGUUUAACCACAUCUAAAUUGUAAUUGAUUGAUCGCUUAUUAACAAGGGUACACGUGUAAUGUUAAAUUUUUAGAGGAGCUCUAAGUUAUUCUGAAUGAGUUUUUUUCAUUUGUAUCCCUAACCUUUCAUAUCCAAAAUAAAUAAAUGUAUAUCUACAGAAAUAAUUUG